CUCUCUCUCUCUCUCUUUCUCUCUACCAAAAUUUCUGAUCAAUUAGUUUCUAGGGUUUACUCAUCAUAGAGGAUGAGUCGAGGCGGCAGCUAUGGCGGCGGACAAAGCUCACUAGGUUAUCUUUUUGGGUCGGAAAAAGAUCAGCCGUCGUGUACUCCUCCUCCUGUGGCCGCUAAGCCGCCCCCGCCGUACGGAAUAGACGACGGCGAAGACAAGCCCAAGAUGAAAAUCACCGUCUCUAACAAUAACUAUCAUAGAGCUCACGGCCAAAACUCCGGCAACUUCGUCACCGAUCGUCCAACUACGAAGGUGAAAUCAGCUCCCGGAGGAGGUUCUUCUCUUGGAUACUUGUUCGGCGAUAAGUAAAUUAGGGUUUUUCAUGGACUACUGUUUAUCUAAUAAUGGGGUUUGAUUAUAUAUAUAUACAUAUGUAUGUAUCUGUCUGUCUGUAUCGGUAGAAGGAUACACAUCUCCCUCUUUAUAUAUAUAUAUAUAUAUUUAUGGUUUUGUAGUUAUU